UGGAUGAGGAGGACAGAAGCUGCCCUGCCUUUCACACAGCACCGCGGCGCGGUCACUCAUUAGUAAGAAUUAAUGCUAGUCGCUUCGAGUACAAGAAACAAGCUAACUUUUUAAUUCUGUUAGGAUACUUGGCUUUUACAUGUGGCGCGUGACUGACAGGACGCGCGAGCAGCAACCUGUCAACUACAUUUUGAGAUUUGGAAGGUUGGAACAGUAGGAGGCUAUCCCGGCGGCAGCGGCCAAGUUGCAGGCAGAAUAGCGUGAUUCAGCCGAGGCUCGGACUACUGCACGUCACCCCGGAGAGUCUCUCCGCUUCCACAAACAACGAUGAACGGGACAAACUAAGGUGUAGCAUCUCCGGUGUUGUGGCUCUGCUGUGAUAAAUGUCAGCCUGUCCUGAUAUUUUUAUGGGUCUCUCUUCUCAACCAAAGAUCUCCCUUGGCGGACUGAACAAACAAGUUGACUCUAACAGAGCUACACCUGUCCUCACUCUGGUGGUCUGACGGCACUCACCGACAUCAAAGCUCUUCGUUCUUCUUGCUGUCUCAUCCUUCUGCUUCUGUUAGAGUGGGGGAUGUCUGUUUUCUAACACCUCUCAGCCUGCUUAUCUACUAGAUCUGUACAACUGCGACCAACACUGGACAUGGAGGACUAUGAUGUUCGCUCGGCCGCCAGCAUCCUGGCCUCCGUGAAAGAGCAGGAGGCGCGCUUUGAGCAGCUGACCCGAGCCCUUGAGGAGGAGCGGCGCAACGUCACGCUGCAGCUAGAGCGCGCCAACCUGCCUCCCAACCCCCCUACCAGCCAACCGCUAGCAUGGCAGCAGGUGGUGAUGCAGGAGCAGAGCCCCAGCAACGCCACAAACCUGGCUAUGAUGCAGGAGCCGCAGGAGGUGGUGGAGGAGACGGUCACCAUAGAGGAGGACCCCGGCACCCCCACCUCCCACGUCUCUGUGGUCACCUCUGAUGACGGCACCACACGGCGCACAGAAACCAAGGAUAUCUCCUCUAACGUGAAGGUGACCAAAUUGGUCAAAACCAUCACCCGCCGCACCUAUCAUCCAGUGACGGUGACUGACUUAUUAGAGUCCAGGCCUGCAACCCGGACCCCCACCCCGGUCUCCAUCUUGCCCUCCAGCACGUCGGAGACAGAACCAGUGACUAAGAUGGUGAAGACGGUGACCACACGGACAGUGCGCCAGGUGCCCCUGGGCCCCGAUGGCUUGCCCCUGCCCGAGGGCUCGUCCCCACUAGGCAACUACACCGACUCCAUUGAUCGGCGCUACAUGAAGAAUGGAGGCUUCAUCACGCCUCAAGCAACCUCAACCCUGACGCGCUCCUACAACAACUCCUACAACGAUUCAUACGGCGAGACACCUGAGAGCCAGUACGUCCGCCACUACGGCCUGCAUGAUGGCUACGCCGAUUUGACAGACAACUACGGCAGCCUUUCACGCGGGGUCAACUUCCGGCCACCGCGCUACCCAUACUUGCCCAACAGUUACCGGCCGGAGAACAGCUACACGCUGCCUAUUCGUAAGGAUGACUACGGCCAUGUGGCCCAGCCCCAGGUGCCUAUGGGUAACAGCACUGUGGAUCUGAACCGCUCGCAGCCCGAGCGCUUCCAGCCCGAGCCAUAUGGCCUGGAGGAUGAUCGCCGCAGCUUGGGCCCUGAAGAGGAGGAGCCGUACGAGCUGGAGCCCGACUACUCCACUGCAAACCGCCGCACCCUGCAGGGGGCCAACCGGGGUCGCACCCACCGGGAACCUCUUCGUGAUGUGCCCCGAGUCAGAGGGUACCCAGACGAAGCCAUUGAGGCAGAGCUGAUCGAUGAGCGCCACCCCUACAUCCAUGGUAUUUAUUCGGCACCGCUGGCCCAGCCCGAGAGGGGGAGCAUGGCCAGUCUGGACCGCAUGGGUGGCCGGCGCUCACCGUCCAUCGACAGUAUCCGUAAAGACCCGCGCUGGCGUGACCCAGACCUCCCCGAGGUGAUCGCCAUGCUGGGCCACCCCAUUGACCCGGUCAAGUCCAACGCUGCCGCCUACCUGCAGCACCUGUGCUACGAAAAUGACAAGAUUAAGAAGGAUGUGCGUCAGCUGAAGGGGAUUCCUGUUCUGGUGGGGCUUCUGGACCACCCCAAAUCCGAAGUCCACCGCAAGGCAUGCGGCGCCCUGCGCAACAUCUCCUUCGGCAAAGACAACGACAACAAGGUGUCCAUCAAGAACUGUGACGGCAUCCCGGCCCUCGUGCGCCUGCUGAGGAAGACCAAUGACAUGGAGGUCCGAGAGCUCAUCACCGGAACCUUGUGGAAUCUGUCGUCCUAUGAACCCCUGAAGAUGGUGAUCAUCAACCACGGCCUGCAGACCCUGACCAACGAGGUCAUCAUCCCUCACUCGGGGUGGGAGCACGAGCCCAACGAGGACUCAAAGCCGCGCGACGCCGAGUGGACCACCGUCUUUAAGAACACCUCCGGCUGUCUCAGAAAUGUGAGCUCAGACGGGGCAGAGGCUCGCCGCCGACUGAGGGAAUGCGAGGGAUUGGUGGACGCCCUGCUACACGCGCUCCAGUCAGCUGUAGGGAAGAAAGACAUGGACAAUAAGUCCGUGGAGAACUGUGUUUGUAUUAUGAGGAACCUGUCCUACCACGUCCACAAAGAGGUGCCAGGGGCCGAGAAGUUCCAGGACCCCUCAGCGCUUCAGGCCCCUGGCUCGGCAGGACCACAGAGGAAGAAAAAGGACGACGCUGGCUGCUUCGGAGGCAAGAAAGCCAAAGAGGAAUGGUUUAAUCAAGGCAGGAAAAACGGUGACAACGACAAAAAUUACGACACAUUGGAUCUGCCCAAGCGCUCUGAGCCGUCAAAAGGCUUUGAGCUGCUGUAUCAGCCGGAAGUGGUGAGGCUCUACCUAUCUCUGCUGACUGAGAGCCAGAACUACAACACCCUGGAGGCGGCUGCCGGGGCUCUGCAGAACCUCAGCGCUGGACAGUGGACCUGGUCCAACUACAUCCGAGCCACGGUACGCAAGGAGAAAGGUCUUCCCAUCCUGGUGGAGCUGCUGCGCUCGGACUCGGACAAGGUGGUCCGAGCUGUGUCCAUCGCCCUGCGCAACCUGUCCAUCGACCGCCGCAACAAGGACCUGAUCGGAAGUUAUGCCAUGCGGGACUUGGUGAGCAACCUGCCCAGCGGUCAACAGCGGCCAGCUAAAAACCUGGAGGAGGACACCGUGGUGGCCAUCCUCAACACCAUCCACGAGAUCGUCACAGACAGCUCUGAAAACGCCCGCUCCCUCGCCCAGGCUCAGGCCAUUGAGAAGCUGGUCGCCAUCAACAGGACCAGCCAAUCAGCUCGCGAAACCAAGGCGGCAUCCCACGUGCUGCAGACCGUCUGGAGUUAUAAGGAGCUGAGGAACGCUUUGACUAAGGACGGCUGGAACAAAAGCCACUUCCAGCCCACAGUGACAGCCACGCCUAAAGCAACCAAGAACGGGAAGCCAGGCUACGACGACACCACCCUACCCCUGAUGGAGAAGAACCAGGGACCCAGGAAAUGUGGCAGUGGUGAUAUGAUACCUAUGGAUGAGCUGGGUCCAGAUGGUUACUCCACCAUUGACCAGAAGGACAAGGACUGCAAAUAUAAGACAGUGGACAGCUCAGUGGACCAGACAGAACGGGAGCCAUUAAAGAAUGACACAAAUAGGAAACACUAUAUCAGGAGUAACAGGCCUGCAGUCAGUCUGGUGGACGCUUGUGAUGUUAAGCCCCAGCCUGUUGACUCCUGGGUCUAAAUGCAUGCAUGGCUUAAAGUAACGACGUCCCAGCUAGAGGACGAUCCCUCAUGUCACCACUGCCAUUUCACAUGGAGCUCAUCUUUGGAGUUGGACUUUGUACAAAAAAAGAGGAUUUAAAAAUAAAUAAAAAAUAAUGAUCACGACAGCAACUACCCAGCAGCAGCCAACGUUGUCACGCUUUUCAGAAGA